UUUUGCCCCGUCUUUUCGCAUCUCCGUCCCGUGGUUCCUUUCUCCAGAGACUCGGAGAAGCAUCAAAAGAGACUGUGGGAUUCAUUAGCUUUGCUUCUAUUGGCCAAGUCAUGUACGCCACGGAAGUCCGCCGACUGGCCCAAUAGUAUGGGUAUGUAUUAAUCUGACCCUGUCCGUCAUGAUGCGGGAUUCAAAUUGGGUUUGAUAUCUUUCUACCUUUUUGAUUCUACGAAGACUUCGCAUUCCAGGAAAGACAGACAUUUUUGUUCUUCUCUCCAGCCCUGGGUGGCUCUGAAAGCCCGCUUGUUCCCUUCUAUCUCGUCUCGUCUCCCCGUUCUAAGCGCCCGCCCACGAUUUCCCCGCAAUCAUGUUGCUUCAGCUACUAAUCUACGCCGUACCGGCCAUCCUGGUUGCGGUCUUACUACAAAACUACUUCUUCCUCAGGUCGAUCCCGGGCCCUUUCCUAGCCAAGUUCACCGACCUAUACCGACUUCUCCUGGUACUGGGACGAAAACCGCACGAGAAACAUCUGGAACUACACAAGCGGUACGGCAAUGUGGUGCGGCUGGGCCCAAAAUGUGUGUCUGUGACCGGGUCUGCGGGCUAUAUCGGCCAGAUCUACGGGAUUGGCAAAGGGUUGGUCAAGUCAGACUUCUACAGCUGCUUCCAGAACAUCGUGAACGGACGUCGCGCGGCCAGUUUGGUGGCCAUGACGGACGAGUCGGAGCAUGCCAAGUCGAAGCGGCAGAUUGCGCACGCAUACUCGCUCAGCACGCUGGUCGAGUAUGAAGAGCUGGUGGACCGGACGACAGAUGUCUUUCUGGCGACGCUGGAGGAACGGUUUGCCGCGAACAGAAAGAGCGAGAGUCAACUGGCACAACGAGGCCAAGGCCAAGUCCUCGAUCUUGGACGAUACCUACAGUUCUUUGCAUUUGAUGUAAUCGGCGAACUCACCUUCAGCCGACGGCUGGGAUUCAUCGAGUCCGGAACCGAUGUCAACGAUAUCAUUGACGCCAUUGGCGCCAACUUCAACUAUUUCAGUGUUCUGGGCCAGAUGCCUUGGUUGGACGAGGCGUUCUUGGGCAAGAACCCGAUUUAUGUCAAAUGGUUCCGCAAGAGCGUCAGCUCGCCUAUCCUUCUUUUUGCGCAGUCCCUACUAAAAGAGAGACUACGAGAUAUCGAGCGGGGGGAAAAGGAGUCGGAUCGGGCGCUGGACAGACCGGAUUUCCUGAGUCGGUUUCUGAAAGUCAGAAAGGAGGAAGCGGAUCCAGAAUCGGCGUUGACGGAUGCCCAAAUUUUGUCUCAUUUAUUUAUGAACAUCAACGCCGGCAGCGACACCAUCGCCUCGACCCUCCGAGCAAUUUUUUACCAUCUGCUCAAACACCCAAGCACACUAUCUCAACUAGUCAACGAACUAGACACGGCCGUGUCUGAGGGCAAAAUCGCCCACCCUCCGUCUCCCACGUGGUCCGAGACCCAACAACAUCUACCUUACUUAUGUGCCGUGGUCAAAGAGGGGCUCCGCAUGAACCCGGCGCUAUCUUUGCCGCUGGAACGAGUUGUGCCCGGCGAAACUGGCAACAGCAAUAGCUAUAAUAAAACGGGAAGCGGUGGUGGAGGUUUAGUUCUCCAGCACGAGGACGGAUCCACACCUACUAUUCUCCCGCCGGGUACUAUCGUCGGAAUUAACCCGUGGGUAUUCCAUCGGAGUCCCAAUGUGUUUGGACCCGAUGCCGAACAAUGGAAUCCGUCGCGGUGGUUGACCGAGCAUGAGAAACAGACAAAGCAUAUGGAGCACAGUCUGUUGGCGUUUGGAGCGGGGAAGAGAUCGUGUCUGGGGAAAAACAUCGCUAUGCUCGAGUUGCAUAAGUUGGUGCCUGCUCUACUGCUGCAGUUUAACCUCGAGCUCGCCGAUCCGCAGAAAGAGUGGGAUGUGAGUAAUGCCUGGGUGUUGAAUCAGACGGGGUUGGAUGUGAGGUUGACCGUGCGGUGACGGUGAUGAUCACUCUAUGGAGCGAAGUCAAGUAGGUAUUGCCUCAUACUAUGGAGCGUCGCGAAGUAUGUACUAUGUUCUAUAUACUACAAUGUUGCAGUAGUAAGAGUAAUAUGUUUUGGUCAUCAAUCACUACCCCAGAUAUCGGCAUAGUUGAUUUGUGCGAUAUCUACUGCACAAUGUCAUACUAUCAGAAUUACUUUAUGUAGAAGACUUGUGCCUUGGACCACCCAUGAACAAGAAGCCCUGGGCGACUUUAGGCGUUCAAUUG